UUAUUAUUAUUAUUAGCCAGUUCUCUGCCCUUAAAUCUUUAACGGUUUUGGUGGGCAGCCGGUUAUUGAACUUAGGUGGUGUGUAGGUGUCUGGCCCUGCUGGAGGUUAGCAAAGUGCUCCACUUGAUCUAAUUAGGAACUUUUAGUUCCUGUUUCUAUUAACUUAGGAACUUUUGUUCUUUUUCUUUCCUGGUUCAGCUUUGUGCAACAAAUCUUGCUGGUGUGAUCGACAAGUUUGGCUGGAUGAUACAGCUUCACCUCUUACUCACCCUUAUAAACCCAACAAAGACAAACAUAUUUCUCUCCUUCAACUAAACAACAUUUUUUCCUGCCAAAAACACAACAAUGGCGAGUUUUUCCUACAAUACCGCAAGUUUGCUGCAGAAUGCGAGUCUGGGCAGCCACAUAAUGUUCUUGAUGGAAACUUUGUGCAACAAAUCUUGCUGGUGUGAUCGACAAGUUUGGCUGGAUGAUACAGCUUCACCUCUUACUCACCCUUAUAAACCCAACAAAGACAAACAUAUUUCUCUCCUUGGACUAAACAACAUUUUUCCUGCCAAAAACACAACAAUGGCGAGUUUUUCCUACAAUACCGCAAGUUUGCUGCAGAAUGCGAGUCUGGGCAGCCACAUAAUGUUCUUGAUGGAAAGGUGUCAGAACUUGCUGGGAAGAACACCAUCCCAGCAGGACACAGAGGCAGUGCUUGAGGCAGAAGCUAAUAUUUGUGAAGCCAGGUUACCAGUUUUCAGUCCAACUUCACAGUUUGGCACCAUGUCAACCAUUCCAACAGCUUCUGUUGAAUCUGUGUCAAGAUUUUCCAUUGCACCCAGCUGUGACACUAGUUCUAUCUCUCUUAGCACUACUCCAGUAAAUUCACCAGCAACGGUAUUAUUUGGUAAUGAUAAGAUCACAUCUGCAGCUGACAACAAAACUGUUGUUGACUUUGGUGGUGGGAUGGUGAUGGAAAGUGUAUCUCAGAUUAUGAUUCCAGCAAGCCAUGAAACUGCAGCAUUUCAUACUGGAGUGAAUAUGGUAUCUCAUAACAAUAUUGAGCUAUCAGCAAGUACAAUGACGACUAAAACCACUGACAGCAUUGUGUCAUUAACUAACAAUAGAGGGGAUCAAAACUCUGAUAGCUGGACUACUUUAGGUGGUCAUACUAACACUACUGUUGGAGUUAGUGGUAAGAAUAUCACAAGAAAUACUGAAGGGACAACAGGAGAUUCUGACAUUCAUAUAAUUCAGCAGUCUGAUAGAGAAACAACUUUAUUAAGUGGCGAAGGAUUAGAUUUUAACAGUAAUAAUGAAAUUGGAUCUGCAAGCAAUGAAGUUGUGGACUUAACAUAUGCAUCAUCUCCUGGCCUGUAUACUUUACUACUGAAUGCUGAUAAUACAUUUACUCUGGUUGCUGGAGGAUAUCAUGGAUCUUCCAGUAUUCAAGGCAAUCAGGUGUUUGUCUGUCGUCCUUGUAAAAAAUUUGCCCAAUCACAAGUUGAAAUUUUAAAUCACAUUUCUACUUGUCACCCUGGAGACUUAGAUAAUGUCAAUCAGAGUGUGUGGGAAUUUAGUGCCUUGCCAUCUUCCUGUAGUGAGAGCAGUGACGUGUUAAAUGAUACAGAUCAAUUAUUUCACUCUGGGAUAACCCUCAAUGUAGGAACAGCUUCGCAAGGGUCAGGCAACUGUCUUGUUGUUGAACAAUGUGUUGAUUCACAUCUGAACACUGAAGAAAUUUUAGUUAUGCCAAAAGGAACAGUUAAACGAAAGCUAGGCAGACCUAAAAAGAAAGACACAAUAGCAACUGUAGAGCCUACCAAAGAGACUAGAUUUAAAAUUGAAGAAAAUAACAUUGUUUGCAUUGACUGUAGAAAAAGUUUCUCAAAGCAGCGACAGUUUGACAAACAUAGAUGUUGUAUGUGGCAGAACAGUCUUGAGGAGUGGAGCCAUGCAAGUGUGGAAAGUUUUGCAGUCUCUCAAGUAUCAGAGGAUAAAAUGAAAGAACCUAUACUUAAGAGUAACUAUAAUGACAUUAGUUUUGAUUUUCAUCAAGAAAAUUUACUUAAAGAAGAUGUAGAAGAGGAGUGGAGGGGAAGUAAGUGUUACAGAGCAAAAGUUAAAUCCAAGCUUGGUGAAGGUGGAAAGAGAAAACGAGGUAGACCUCCAAAAGUGGACACAGUGCCUUAUGGUGAAGGGUCUAAUGAAAAUUGCUUGGAGCAAGGGUCGGAAAUUCAGAAUCAAGCUACUGAUGACAAAGACAAACCCAGAAGUGAUGAAAAUGUCAAAUUUUUGCAAGAUUCCGAACUACUUCAAAGUGCAGAUACUAAUUCCUGCAUAAAGUCAAGUAUGGCAAGAAGAGGUCUUAGAGUAAUACCUAAAGCAAAAGUAGGACUGCCUUCACUCCACUCAAUUCCCACCUUACCACUUUUCUCUAACCCAAGACAGCAAGAGCGGCUUCACAAAUGGAUAGCCCAGGUUGACUUGAGUUUUGUGGAUAGCAUUAUUGAUAAAGUUAGCCCAGAGAGAGAGAUACCAGAUAAACGUGGAAUGGUGAUGUAUGCAUGUCGAGAAUGCAAGGUCCUAUUUAGGACCUUGUUAUCAUGCAGAAGGCACUGUGCUAAGCACAUGUCUAGAAAAGCAUUCAGUUGUCCUGAUUGUGACUUUGCAACCACAAAUGUUGGUGCACUUUAUUCCCAUUAUCGUAAUCAUACGCAAAACUUAUAUGCCUGUGAUAAGUGUGAUUUUAAAGCUCGAAUUAAAGCUCACUACAGAGAUCAUUUGGAAACGCACAGUCCAAGUAGACAUAUUUGUAAGUUAUGUCAAAGACCAUAUAGUACCUCAAAUUCUCUUAAAAGUCAUAUUUAUCUUAAUCAUCGCAAUGAAGAAGGAUUAACAUACUUAUUAUGCUUACGGAGAAAGAACUUGGAGCAAAAUAAAAGAGGUCAUAUCUAUCAAUGCCCAGUAUGCUGUAAAAUGUUCAAUAAACAUUUGUUAGCCAAUAAACAUAUAGCUAGCCAUGGCUCAAAUGAUUGUAAUACAACUAUCCAGUAUGAAACGCGUGAUACAAAGCCCUUGCAUCAUAGAACAUUAAAAAAGUAUUCUCAGAAACACAAAGUUAUAUUCAUUUGUUGUGUUUGCUGUAAGCCACAACUGACUGCUAGUUGUCUCCGCAACCAUCUAAAGAAAGGAUUUUGUAAUUUGUCUCAAGGGAACACCUACAAACAAUCUCUUUUGAGCUCAUACACAUUACCAGAAACAUUUCCUAGUCUUGUUUCAAAUAAAAGACUUGGAAUUGCAACCUUACUUCAAGAUUUAAUAAACCACUUGAGUGAUUACAAAUUACCUGACACCAAAGUGCACAGUAGUCUUAUAAAACAAAUGAAAGAUUCUGGGUAUAAACAGAUAUAUGAAAUUCUGCAAGAUCAGUGUUAUACAAACACAUUGAAAAAUGCAAAGAUAACAGGUCAUAUCAUGAAAAUUGUCGUUGAUACAGGAUGUACCCCAAGGAACAAACAGUGUGUGCCUAAGGAGCAGCAGAUCCAGACACAGCAACAUACACAGCAUGAAGUUGCAGGAGAAUCGCAGCAUGACCCUGAACACUAUUUUCAUACAUCUCUCUUACUGAACCAGCAGGAAUUUACCGUAGAAGAAAGUGACCAGAGAGUUGUUGUCAUUAGUAAUGUUGGUGAAGAGCAGAUUGUUGUUGUUGAAGAAGGACAGAUGGUAUUGAUGGAUGAAGAGAGAUUUGUUAUAAUACAUGAAGAUAUUGAAGAACAGCCCAGCAAGCUUGCCACAUUUUUACCCAAAGUCUAACUUAAAAUACAAAGAAAUUGUACAGUAAACUAAUAAAGUUUAUUUUUUAUGAA